AUGGGCUCGACGACACAGAGCUCUGAUACUCUUUUCGAGUUCGGUUCAUCAUCAUCGAACUACGACGAAUCCGACUCAGAAUCCCAAGUCGACUCGACUGGAACGCUGGUACAUCAGCGGUCUCAUAUGCUUCCUAAAAUCGGUGGCUUCUCACUUCAGAACGCAAUGCGGCCAUCAUACACAUCACUGGAACAAGCUUACAGCUUCCCAAAUCCCGACGGAGGAAAUCUCCCUGGGCGAGACGACCAAGGUAGCUCUUACGUUCAGUAUCGUUUUGGAACUCCUAGAGAAGAAGAAGAGCGUCUUCGGGGAGAGUCUGAUCGAGCGAGUGCACGAGUCUCAAGUCAAAACUCAGGUCUCCAAGCCUCAUUUGCACACAUGCAGCAAAUUAUCGCAGAAGGCAAUGCGUGGAAUGUAACGGAAGCGCCUCUUGGCCAAGGAUCAUUAAGCAACGAUAGAACUGCUGACCUAGACCACGAAGCAGAGCUGUUAGGUCCUUACCAUCAUACGUCCUCGCGUCUGCGCGAUGAUGUGACGAAUGAGGAUUACCAAAGUCAUCGAGGGCGUCGUGAUAUCAUGGCAUUUGAUCCCGCCUAUCACGUCCGUCGAUACCUUUCUGAACCAGAAGGUAGCGAAGUUGGAGAUCAACUAGAACAAGAGCGGGAGGGUGCAUUUCAAAACACUUUGCCAAGUUCUAAUAUCCGUCCAGAUAAGACAAUAUCACCAAGUCUUCAGCCCCUUUUUCCCUCUAACCGGUGGUCAGAGUCGGAAUAUGGAAUGAGCAACUCCAAUGCAAAUACUCUACACCGCUAUAAUGAUCGCAACUUCGAUCUCCAACCCAUGCCAGACUUCGCGACGAGCGCCUCCAGCUCAGACUAUCACACAAAUCCUGGUCAUUCUCGAAAUCGAGGCUCGCCAGGGGAGUCAAAACAAGCUCGACACCAUAGAAGAUCUAGCUGGCGCGACAACUUGACAGACCAAGUACCGAUGGAGGGAGAUCAGACUGCGACCUCGGACGUCCGCCAACAGUAUGGAACAGGGAGCUCGACGCGAGGCUACCUUUCCGGUGUUUUUGUCACUUUCUUACCUGGCCCAGCAAACGAGCAGGAAGACAUAACGAAGAAGAGUCUGUUGAGGCGUAUCGUAUGCGCCUAG